UACUCUUGCCUUCACUCCUCACUCCUCACUCCUCACUCACUAACUCUUGAAUCUUGUCUUCAUAAUUCUUAGUCUUCUGCCAAAGAUGGCCAUGCAUUUCGGGCUGCCCCGGUUGCUAUUACAUGCAAUUUUCUUGCUUGUUUUUCUAGCAUUUCAUGCAUCAAGCUGUGAACAAGAGGACUACUGGCAGAUGAAGCUACCAAAAGUCCCUAUGCCACAAGCUAUUAAGGAUAAUCUAUUUCAUCCUAAAGAUAAGAUGUCUAUGAUGACUCCAAGCAUUGAGACAAAGGAUAAGGCCGCUCAUGGCAACGAUGCAGAUAAGGCAAAGAAAGCUAAUACAAACCAACCAUUCACUGUCGUGGGUUGGAAAUACAAUGCCGAUGGUGCAAAAGAGAGGGUUGGUAUGUCCCAACCUUACACCGUAAUGGCAUGGAAAUACAAUGUUGAUGAUGCAAAAGAGAGAGUUGGUAUAGACCAACCUUACACUGUUUGGGGAUGGAAUUACAACACAGACAGCGCCAAUAAAGAGAAGGUGAAAGAAGCAUACAAGCCAUUGUCUAUUGAGACCAACACAAAGAAAACUGGUAUAGACCAACCUUACACUGUCUGGGGAUGGAAUUACAACACAAACAGCGCCAAUAAAGAGAAGGUGAAAGAAGCAGAAAAGCCAUUGUCUAUUGAGACCAACACAAAGAAAACUGGUGUAGACCAACCUUACACUGUCUGGGGAUGGAAUUACAACACAAACAACGCCAAUAAAGAGAAGGUGAAAGAAGCAGAAAAGCCAUUGUCUAUUGAGACUAACACAAAGAAAACUGGUAUAGACCAACCUUACACUGUCUGGGGAUGGAAUUACAACACAGACAGCGCCAAUAAAGAGAAGGUGAAAGAAGCAAAUAAGCCAUUAUCUAUUGAGACCGACACAAAGAAAACUGGUAUAGACCAACCUUACACUGUCUGGGGAUGGAAUUACAACACAGACAGCGCCAAUAAAGAGAAGGUGAAAGAAGCAGAAAAGUCAUUGUCUAUUGAGACCAACACAAAGAAAACUGGUAUAGACCAACCUUACACUGUCUGGGGAUGGAAUUACAACACAAACAGCGGCAAUAAAGAGAAGGUGAAAGAAGCAGACAAGGUAUUCACCAUGGACACUAGCACAAAAAAAGCUGGUACGAAACAGCCUUACACUGUCAUGGGUUGGAAAUACAACGCAGACAAUGGUAAAAGAGAAAAGGUUGGUCAUGAAGUAAGUGUUGGAUCAGUUUUUUUCAUCGAGAAAAGCUUGCGCCUUGGAGACAAGUUAAAGCAUGAUUUUCAAAAGACACCAAGUGUUCCUUUCUUGCCUAAGCACAUUGCUAAAUCCAUCCCUUUUUCGGAGGAUAAAUUCACAGAAAUAUUAAAUUUAUUUUCAAUAAAACCUGGAUCUGUAGAAGCCACGGGAAUUAAAGGAACCCUUGACGUAUGUCUACAUAGACCAAAGGUGGAAAAGGAAAACAGGACUUGUGCCCAAUCCAUGGAAGAUGUUGUAGAUUUUGUUGUAAGGGAGCUAGGGUCGAACGAUGUUGAAUUAAGAAUGAUGAAGAACGAUAUUGAGGUGCCUAAAGGCAUACAAGACUACGUGAUAACAAAAGUAAAGAAGUUGGUUGUACCGGGCAAUACUGCAGCCGCAUGCCAUAGAAUGAGCUACCCUUACGUCGUGUACUAUUGUCACCACCAACAAGACAUUGGUCAUUACGACGUAACUUUGGUUAGCCCAACCACUGGUAACGCCAUCCAAACCACCGCCGUAUGCCACUAUGACACAUAUGCUUGGAAGCCUAAUGUCCCAGCCCUUCAAUACCUCGGGAUCCGCCCUGGUGAUGCCCCGGUCUGUCAUUUCUCUGCCAUAAAUGAUAUGUUUUGGAGUCUCAAAGCUAACUCCAAGUCUCUCGACAUGGUUGUGUAAAAUGAAUAAUGUUAUGCAUGAAUGUGUACCAUGUGUAACGCAUGUAACUUAAAUAUUAGCGUGGCAUGGUGUAGGACUCUAGGAUGGUAUAUAUGAUAUACUAUCCAUGCAUGCAACUUACAAGCUACGAGUACGUAGUAUGUAUUGUAGGUUGUGCUUGUAUUCUACUUUUAAAAAAUCUUAUUAUCCUACUUCAUUGUAACUAUAUACGCAUGCACGUACAAACAUUUCUUA